AUGUCUUCAUCAUUAUUACAUUCACAACGACAACAACAUCCAUUAAUCGGUUACUAUCUUUCACGAAAGAAAUUUUCUAAACUUCGUUUUGAUCAAUUUUUACUUCGAUGUAAACAAUUUCAUAUUGAUACUGUUGAACUAACACAUGAUUAUUUCGACCGACAAAAUAUUCGUAUACCACAAUUAAUUGUUCAUAAAUUAGAAGAUGAUGUAUCAUCACAUUUACUCAUGGAAAAAAUUUGUUUAUUACCAAAAUCAUCGACAAUAAUUCUUGAUGAGUUUAAUUCGAUAUCAAGAUUAUUAAAUCGUUAUGAACAAUAUUCAUUAUUAAAUUCAAAUAAAAAUUUUUAUGUUGUUCCACCAUUUAUACGUGUUACAGAGGAUGAUAAUAAAUUAAUGAUAGAAAAAAUGUUAAUCAAUAAUCAAAUAUCAUUUCCUAUUAUGUGUAAACCAAUUCAAGCACAUGGUGAUAAAUCACAUGAUAUGAAAAUUAUAUUUGAUGUUCAACAUUUAAAUGAUAUUGAUAAACCUUGUGUUUUACAACAAUUUAUUGAUCAUGAUGGUAUUCUUUUUAAAGUAUUUGCUAUUGGUCAAGAUAAUUAUCAUAUAGUACAAAGAAAUUCUAUACGUAAUCUUAAUACAUAUUCAUCUCGAGAGACCAUAUCAUUCCAUUCCAGUGAAGUUUCAAGUUCUCAAGCUGAUCAUAUACUUUUGUCGACUGAUCCAUCAAUAAUAGUAACUUUUGAUCAUACAUUAAUUAAUAAAAUUGUUCAAACUGUACAAAAUUUAUUUGAAUUAAAUCUUGUUGGUAUUGACAUAAUUAUUGACAGAAAAACGGGUGAUUAUGCUGUUAUUGAUGUUAAUUACUUUCCAGGUUAUGAAGGCAUUACUGAUUUUAGUACGCAAUUAUUUCAUUUAUGUCAACAACUACUUCAUAUUUCUUAG